UAUAUCAUGGUAUAUCUAAUACCAAACACAGUUAAUAAGUAGAUUUAGUAAUUUAUUCAAAGUGAUAACUAUAGUUAGUUUAGUCAAUUAGGUAUAGUUAUCUACAAUGGUGUUGUGUACUUUUUGUGAGACUUCAAAUGAAUUUAAAAUAAAUGUUAUUAAUGCAUUAAUUUCUUUUGGAAAUUAUAUAAAAAGAGAAGAUGAAUACAAUGCAAUAUUAAACAAGUUAAAAAAUCAGUUUAUUGAAAAAUACGAAUCCAUAGGACCCUCUGGGACUUCUGGACUAAAUAAUUAUGAAAGGUUUAGAACUUUGGGCACAGGAUCCUUUGGAAGAGUUAUUUUAGUGAAAAAAAAAAGUAGUGAGAAUUAUUAUGCAAUGAAAAUAUUAUCAAAACAGCAACUUGUUAAAACUAAACAGGUAGAACACACUCUAAACGAGAAGAAAAUUUUAAUGUCGAUACAUUACCCUUUUAUAAUAAACAUGGAUGAUUGCUAUAAGGAUAACAGUUAUAUUUAUUUUAUUAUGCCUUUUAUAAACGGUGGGGAGAUGUUUACACACUUAAGAAGAGUGGGUAGAUUUGAUGAACCCCUAGCAAAAUUUUACGGUGCCCAGGUAGUAUUGGCUUUGGAAUUUUUACACCAUUGUAACAUUGUUUAUAGAGACUUAAAGCCUGAAAAUAUAUUGAUAGAUUUUAAAGGCUACAUUAAAGUAGCUGAUUUGGGGUUUUGCAAGAUUAUAAAUGGUAGAACAUGGACACUGUGUGGUACUCCAGAAUAUAUAGCUCCCGAGAUAAUCCUUUCGAAAGGAUAUGGAUUUGCUGUGGAUUGGUGGUCCUUUGGAGUUCUUUGUUUUGAAAUGUGUGCAGGAUACCCCCCAUUUACUUCAAGCGAUCCAAUGAAAAUUUACGAAAAAAUUGUGGCUUGCAAAUAUAGAUUAAUACCGUCGUUUUCGGGAGACCUACGAGAUCUAAUCAUGAACCUUUUACAACUCGACCUCACCAGAAGGUGUGGAAACCUAAAAAAUGGACCAAUAGACAUAAAAAAACAUAAAUGGUUCAACUCAGUUAGCUAUUCGAAAAUCUAUAUGCGUGUGAUGCCAGCACCAUUUGUACCCAAUGUUAAAACACAGUCAGAUGCUUCGAAUUUCGAAAAAUAUGACGAAACUAGUUUAUCUGUAAGCUCCUUUCCUAUUUACGAGGAUGAAUUUGCUGAUUUUUAA